CAAACAUGCGAAUCCCUUUUUACCGCUUUUGCUUUUUAGUUUUUUGCCUCGUGCUUGACCGCAAUAACAAUUCUGUUGUCAAUAAUCUGUCCAAUAUGAUCUUCCAGUAUUUCUGCGUAUCGCUCCCGUACUCCACUCCGCUAUCGGCAAUGAAACUGGGACAUCAAGUAGGCAUCAGGCCAUCAAUCACAUUGGAAGUGUACCGACCAUGUUUAACCAACCAUCACGACAUUACCUCGACGCAUCGAAAGACAUACAUACCCCAUGUCCCUUUUCCAGCAGACCCCGACCAGUCUCGACAAUGCUUGACAAUCACAGACAUUCACAACCUCAUUGCGACCUUGUUACAAAGGCUACCCAACCACACCAGUCGUCGGACUGAACCUCGAUCUACGCUUCCUAUUAACGACCGACGUCAGAAACUUACACGUCCGUCCUACUUGACACAUUGGAUGGAAAUGGAAGACCCAAUACUACGGUAUCGAAACCUUAAACACCAGAUGAAAAUCAAGAUCUACAACGUGGCCCCGCCUUCGCAUCUUGUCAGAUUAUCAGGGCAUGCAUGGAUGGCCAGACUUCUAGUCCAAUAUGUGCCUCCCUAUCUAUAUAACUUCAUAUACUGCAUAUAUAGUGCAGGAAUCCCCUUAUAACUAUAGCUCGAUAAUUAGGCUAUUUAAUAAUAUUAUUGUAUGAGGACUAAUCUCUUGGAAUCUCUAGUUCUUAUACUUAAACCUUAGUACCCUUAAAGAGGAUUGGAAAAAGGAAGAUUAGAAUAAAAUCACUUCUUACUAUAUAUCUCUUUGACCUACUUUACGUGCUUUCU